GUUUAGGAACUGAGUUAAUCUUAUUUAAAGAGUCAUCCUGUUUAGAGGAUUGGACUGCUAAAUUAGUACCAGGUGACAUCAGAAAAUCUCCCGGGAAUAGUAGGUGUAUUCCCCGGUGUAGCCAGGCAGCACACAGGUGCGGCUGUUUGUUUGGGGGAUGUUCCGGAGGCUAACUGACGUUGAUAAGUAGCCUGCUAGCUGGCGGUGGUUAUGUCGUCUUUGCUUGGUGCAAAGUAUGGCUAAGCAGACAACAGAAUGACAGGCAACUUGCAGAUCAGCGCUGAUGGGAUGAGGCGACGUUUGCAUCUUUGGGCCCUUUGACUCUAUGUGUGGGUUCAUGAUGGCGCAGGGAGGCUCUCAAGUCGACUACCACAUCCUGCAAGACCUCAAGCAGCGAUUCCCGGAGAUCCCAGAGGGAGUAGUGUCUCAGUUCCUUGUGCAGAACAACAAUAAUCUGGAUAUUUGCUGCCACCUGCUGUCUCAGGAGAGUAACAGAUAUCUUUAUGGAGACUUCCAUCACAGUCCGGAGGAGAUGCGAAUGAGUCGAAACCCCAUGCUACACAUUAGCCUGGGCUAUUCAGGUUCAGAGGCUGGCAAAUCAAAUGGAGGAGGAACAGGAGUGGGCUGCCUCUUGCAGCACAGUACCAGUGACAGUCACAUCGACCCUCAGCGGCCUAGCUACCCUGAACCACUGUCGGCUCCCGCCACUAUGAACCCCUCCCCCGGUUACAAUCCUUUUUUUAUGAACGAUCAGAGCCGCUCGUCCAGCACGCCUACGCCUCCACCCACAAUGCAAGGCAUCUCCCCCAUAUACACCCCAGUUCCACGUUAUCCUAUGAACCCUAUAACAGUCACUCUUUCGCAAACCGCACCUACUGUCCACCAGGCUCUGCAGAUUCAUCCAGGCCACUAUCCUAACAGCACCAACACCACCCGGUAUCAUCAACCCUCACCCUCUCAGAGCCCACAGCCAGCUCCCUGGUCCUCUACCACACCCGUCUAUCAGCAUCAGCAGUCCCCAUACAGUACUCCCACAUAUGGAUCUCCUUAUAGCUCGCCUCAACAUCAGGUCCAGCCACAACCCCAGCCACAACCUGGGCACCAGCAAUAUGUCUUCCAUCCUAUUAGCCCUCCAACCCUUACAAGUAUGUCCUACCAUCACCAGCAGCAACCGCCGCAACAAUACAGGCCCUACCAAACAAAAAAUCCUCUUACAAAACAGAUAGAAAUCACCCUUGAAGGCCCACGAUCUCGCAGCAACUCACCUGUACACACACCACAUCCCCAGGGCCCGCUUUACAUGGCGACAAGUCCCUCACCCAGCUCCCCAUCACGGGCCAUCACGAUCAGCGGACCUCCCGGACCAGCGGCUUUCCACCCUGGAAUGUACUUGCAGCACCAAGGCAACACAAGGCCUCGGCAGGCCUCUUCCCCCCAGCCAGGCCAAUCUGCCUAUACCUUCAAAAUUCAGGUGUCCCCUGGAGGCCAGGUUCAAAGGCCGCUGAGCUCGCCACCUGUCGCUGAAGCUGAGUCCCUUCUCAAUAUUGUAGAUCAAGGUGAGCACAGCGCUACCCCAGCACCCAUCCUGCCCAUCUGCGCCCUGCCAGGGAACGUCACCAGUCAGCCCCAGCAAUUCCCCCGACGUUCAAGCUCAGCCUCUGAUGACUAUGCCUACACACAAGACAUGUCCAUCCCCACAGCCCUUCUGCUCCACCAGCGGGCGAGGAUGGACCGUCUGGUAAAGGAGCUGAAAAUGGAGAAGCAGAAGCUAGACCAGUUGAAGGCUGAUGUUAAUAACAUGGAAUACGAUGCCCUCCAAAGGCGUUUUCGACGAGUCAACUCCACAAAUCUUGUACCCAGGCCUGAGGAGAUUACCCGACUCCGAACUCAGAACAGACAGCUGCAGAUUGAUAUUGACUGCACACUGAAGGAAACAGAUCUGCUGCAGUCCAGAGGGAAGUUUGACCCAAAAGCAAUGAGCAACUUUUAUGACAACAUUCAGCCUGGUCCGUUGGGGCCGACCAAUCCUGGGAAGAAAGAAGGGGAGCAGGCCUCCAAACCAGCGCCUCAAACAGACGAGGAUUUCGAAGGAGCUCACUGGAACUGUGAUAGCUGCACCCUCCUCAACCACCCUGCACUCAACCGCUGUGAGGCGUGUGAGAUGCCACGCUACAGCUGAACUUAGCAUGGCACUGCAUCCCUGCCCUGAUCUUUGCAUAUCUUUGGACAUCCUGAGCCCCGACCCUCAGAAUCUAUCAUGACAUCUGCCCCUUUCAAUCAAUAUACAACCUGCCCUGCCACACCUGCUGAUGAAGAGCCACUAUCUCCCCUCUGAUUACUUCUCUUUCGGUCCUCCAUUACUGUGCACUAUGAUCCUAGUUUGUUUUGGUGGAUGAUUAAUCUUCUGGCAUAUGUUGAAAAAGGUGCAACUGCAGCAGUGAGUGGAACUAAAGGGUCCAUGGAUCGAGGACAAGCGCCUAAGGGGUACCUAGGGAACAUUCCAGGCAGAAGAGAGUGACUGUCCUGUUUACACUGUGCCCAUUACUGAACUCAGAAAGGAGGCACGUCCACUUUAUUCCAGGACACGUGGGUUUCUCAAUGACAGCAGAACAAUGAACGAAGUGGUAUGUAAGUUGUAGACUGUACACUGUAUCCUGCUCCGUACAAGAGCUCGUAUUACUGAAAGAACACUAAAAGACACUUGCAUAAUAAGUAUACUCCUUGUACUUUUAUGCAUAUUAUGCCACCAUGUAUUGUGUUCAGAAGAUGUUGAUUUCCUGUGCAAAUGCCUCAACUUGCUGUACCUAAUAAAAGAGCUGAUUCUAUGUGACUUGAGAACACAA